AUGCCAAACUGCCCAAACUGUGCCAAACCCGUUUAUUUCGGUAAGAAGAAGUUCUCACUAACUUGCAAGUUGUAAUGAGAUGUUAUUUGCAGCGGAAAGAGUGUCUUCGCUCGGAAAAGACUGGCAUCGUCCGUGUCUAAAGUGUGAGAACAAGGCGUGCGGGAAGACGUUGAGUGCAGGAAGUCAUUCUGAGGUAUGGAGGGAAUGCGAAACUGAUAACGGACUGGGUUUCACAACAAUGAUAUUAUCAUUACUUUCUUUUCAGCACGAGGGAAAACCGUACUGCAAUCGGUGCUAUGGAGCUCUUUUCGGACCAAAAGGAUACGGUCACGGAGGCACCGAAUCGCACACUUUUCUGCACGGAUCCACCGGUCGAUGA